AUGGCCCCCAAGUCAUCCAGCUCCAAGGGUCACGGUAGCUCCAAGAGUCACGGCAGCUCCAAGGGCCACGGCAAGUCCUCUAGCAGCAAGGAGAAAACCGUCUACUUCGAGGUCUGGUACUGCGACGCAUGCAACUAUGGCCCGUGGAACCCUGCUACCGAUGCGGACUGUCUUAACUGCGGCCACCGACGCUGUGGUACCUGCACCUCGAAUGUUAUCGCGCAGGGCCCUAAGCAAUGA